CAAAUAAACACACAACUACGCACGAUCUCAAACAAAAUAAUAACAAAAAACAAAAACAAAUUUGCUUAGAAAAACAUGGCAGACUUUAUCACCACUUACCACCAAGAACAAAAACUCUGGAAGGGUUUGAAUAAACCUAAACUUUGCAAUGAAAAUAUUUCUGCUGGAGCAAAGGCCUUAGAACUAUUGCGCUCCAAAAAUCCUCAAGAUAUAAUGCAAAUUUCUGAUAGUGAAAAAGCCACAAUGACCUAUGGCUCAGCCCUAAAAGUAGCCAUUAAAAUAGCUGAAUAUUUUAGAAGUCUUGCAUUAACCGCCGAUGAUGUGGUGGGAAUUUUAGCACCCGAUACUACCUAUGUUAUGCCAGUGGCUUUGGCUUCAUGGUUUAAUGGUACACCUUUUCAGGCCAUUAAUUGUAAAUGGGAAACGGCUGUUAUUCGUAAUCUUUAUGAGUUUAGUCGUCCCAAAAUUAUAUUCUGUGAUGGUUUACAAUAUGAAAAAGUUAAAGCAGCUUGUGAAAAUUUCAAACCCUUAAUAUAUACUCUGUGCAAUCAUUUGGAAAAUGUGCCACAAAUAGAAGAUUUAUUGCAGCGGUCGUUAGGGUAUGAGGAGGAAUUGUAUCAAGCUGAACCGCUAAAAUAUGGCAGCAAACAAACUAUGGUCAUAAUGGUAUCAUCCGGUACUUCUGGUAUGCCGAAAGGAGUUUGUGUACCCAAUAGUACCUGUAUAACAGAUUUUGGUUUCACUAAUGCCAAUACCAAAAUGUUUUCCACCAGCAGCAUAGAUUGGUCUAGUGGUCUUUUGACCUUCAUGGCCAAUGUUUUAGUGGGUGGAACACGCAUUAUUACCCAACAACCUUUUACACCCGAAUAUUUACUGCAACUUAUAGUGAAAUAUAAAAUAAACUUUCUUUCCACAAAUCCGGCAAAUUUGUUGCAAGCUUCACUUUUAAAGGAAUACACCGGCGAAACUAUGAAAAGUAUUAAUUUGAUAUUUACCGCAGGAUCCUAUUGUUCGGAGUUAAAUCUCGAACGUAUGCGUUCAGCUUUAACUCAAGGUUUAUUAUUUUAUGGUUAUGGUGGCACUGAAACGGGAGGUGUGGCAGGUAGACUAAACUCUAAUAAACCCAAAUCAGUGGGUAGAAUUUUGCCAAAUGUCCAGUUGAAAAUUGUGGAGGUGGAUACAGGCAAGCGUUUGGGUCCCAACGAGAUAGGAGAGAUCUGUGUUCGACAUGAUUAUGAAUGGUGUGGUUAUUAUAAUAAUGCUGAAGCUACUGCUGCUACUUUGGAUUCUGAAGGUUUCAUACACACCGGUGAUUUGGGUUAUAUCUACGAGGACAAUUUUUUAUUUUUAACCGGACGUUGCAAGGACAUAAUGAAAUAUUUAGGUUUUCAAUAUUCUCCUAAUGAUAUUGAAGAGAUUAUUGCUGAAAUGGAGGAUGUGGUAGAUGUUUGUGUUUUUGGAGUUUACGAUGAAGUAAAGCAAGAUGUUGCAGCAGCAGCGGUGGUUAAGAGAGAGGGUAGUGUUUUAACAGCGGAGCAUGUUGUGAAAUAUGUGGAAAGUAAAACAGAGGCGCAACAUAAAAGAAUACAUUAUGGUGUAUUUUUUGUAAAGAAAUUACCCAGAAAUCAUAAUGGCAAACUUUUGAGAGAUAAAAUUAAGGAAAUAUGUUUGGAAAUGGAAAGAUGUAAUAAGAAGAAGGAUUAUUAAACGUAAGUGAAGUAGAUGUGAAAAAAAUUU